AUGGUUUCAUUCAAGGCCAUCUUCGCCGCCGCAAUGGCACUCGCCCCCGUCGUCCUCGGAGAGGAUGUCGUUUGGUUCGAGAACUACACCCCCCAAGAACGCUGGAUCGUCUUCUCCUCCAACCCACCGUGGAACAACCUCCCCGAUAUCUACCUCCCAGGCGGAUCUCGCCAGAAUCCAGGAAAAGUCACCGUCAACUUCGAUAACAAGGGUCCUGAUGACCACCGAGACUGGGGCUGGCGUGGAAACUGGAAAGUCCUAGCACCGGGUCAAGACCACGGCGCGCUAGCCAUCCUUGGCGAGGUCUGCUUCCGCUGCGACCAAGGCUUCAGGUACUUUGAUGUCUCCGCUGUGCUUGAUCCAAACAGCAACAUUGGUGUUAAUUAUCUGUUCCCGUUCUACGACCAUAGUCCCAAUCUGGUGUCUGGAUGUCCUCACUUCCCUUGCCCUUACUCGUACACCAAGUUCGAUGAUGUUCAGACGAAGGUUACUUGGGAUACACAUUUGGUUUGCCAGGUCAAGCCUUACUAA